AUGAAGCUCUUGUCUGUUUGGGCUUUAGCAGCGCUGGCGGCUCAGGCUGCUGGUGCUGCUAUUAGCCAUAAGCUGAACGGCUUGACCAUCACGGAGCAUCCAGAUCCUGUGAAACGGGCUCUGUUGCAAAAAUAUGUCACCUGGGAUGAGAAUUCCCUUUUUAUCAAUGGCGAGCGACUGAUGCUCUUCAGUGGAGAAUUUCAUCCCUUCCGUCUGCCUGUACCAAGUCUGUGGAUCGAUGUCUUCCAGAAGGUCAAGGCCCUCGGAUUCAACUGCGUCUCAUUCUAUAUCGAUUGGGCUCUGCUAGAGGGUAAGCCUGGCCAUUACCGCGCCGAUGGCAUUUUCGACCUCGAGAAAUUCUUCGAUGCUGCCUCAGAAGCUGGAAUUUAUCUCUUGGCUCGACCGGGUCCUUACAUCAAUGCUGAGGCCUCUGGAGGUGGUUUCCCUGGCUGGCUGCAGCGUGUCAAUGGAACCCUACGAACAAGUUCUCCUGCGUACCUGCACGCUACCGACAAUUACGUUGCCAACGCUGCUGCGACGAUUGCCAAGGGCCAAAUUACCAAUGGUGGACCUAUCAUUCUGUAUCAGCCCGAGAAUGAGUAUUCCGGAGCUUGCUGCGGAGACACUGAUUUCCCUGAUGGGAACUACAUGCAAUAUGUUGAGGAUCAAGCUCGCAAUGCCGGCGUCGUCGUCCCAUUUAUCAGCAAUGAUGCAGGAGCCGAGGGGCACGAUGCCCCGGGAACCGGCGUAGGAGAAGUCGAUAUCUAUGGCCAUGAUAGCUACCCUCUGGGAUUCGACUGUGCCAGCCCUUACACGUGGCCCAGUGGUGACCUCCCAACCGACUUCUAUGAAUUGCACAUGGAACAAAGUCCCAGUACCCCGUACUCUAUUGUUGAGUUCCAAGGUGGAGCGUUUGAUCCCUGGGGAGGUAACGGAUUCCUGGCUUGCUCUGAGCUCCUGAACUACCAGUUCGAAAGGGUGUUUUUCAAGAACAACUUCAGCUUCCGUGUUGCCUUCAUGAAUCUUUACAUGAUCUUCGGUGGCACUAACUGGGGCAAUCUGGGUCACCCUGGUGGCUAUACAUCUUACGACUAUGGAUCUGCCAUCACUGAGUCCCGCAACAUCACUCGCCAGAAGUAUAGCGAACUCAAACUGAUCGGCAACUUCCAGAAGGUCUCUCCAUCGUACCUGUUGACAGAGCCUGGUAACCUGAGCACUACGGCCUACUCGACCAAUUCCGAUAUUGCAGUCACACCUCUUAUUGGAAGCAAUGGCUCUGCUACCUCUUACUUUGUCGUUCGACACUCCGAUUAUUCUAGCCAGUCAUCCGUUGACUACAAGCUAAAGGUCCCUACCAGUGCUGGUAAUCUGACAAUUCCCCAGCUUAGUGGAAGCCUGACUCUUGGCAACCGCGACUCAAAGAUCCAUGUUGUAGACUACGAUGUAGCGGGAACCAACAUUCUCUACUCGACUGCUGAGGUGUUCAGCUGGAAGAAAGUUCCGAAUGGGAAGAUUAUCGUUCUCUACGGUGACGUUGGUGAGCACCAUGAGCUUGCAGUCUCUGGCGCAUCAAGUGCUACCGUUGUGGAGGGGUCAUCGUCAGGAAUUACUUCCAAGAAAGUUGGAAAGGCAGUUGUCAUUGGCUGGGAUGUAUCUGAGACUCGUCGCAUAGUUAAGAUUGGUGACCUGAAGGUCCUGCUCCUGGACCGAUACGAUGCCUACAACUACUGGGUCCCACAGGUUUCCUCCUCGGGCCAGAACCCUGGGUACAGCACUCAGGAGACCAUUGCGUCGUCAAUAAUUGUCAAUGCGGGUUAUCUCGUGCGAACUGCAUAUCUGUCAGGAAGCGAGCUUCACCUCGCUGCUGACUUCAACGCUACCACUACUGUUGAGGUGAUUGGUGCUCCAUCCAAGGCCAAGAGCCUUUAUAUCAACGGCCAGAAAGUCAAGACCACGGUGGACAAGAAUGGCAUCUGGUCGACCAGUGUCAGCUACACCGCACCAAAAGUCAAUCUCCCGACACUGAAGAGCUUGAAGUGGAAGUCUAUCGACACUCUUCCUGAAAUUCAGAACUCCUACGACGACUCUGCCUGGGUCGACGCUGACCAUCCCUACACCAAUAACAGCGAGUUUCCAAUCACAACACCAACUUCUUUGUACUCGUCCGACUAUGGUUUCCACACAGGAUAUCUCCUCUACCGUGGCCACUUCGUCGCUACCGGUGAAGAAUCAUCGUUCUUGGUGCACUUGCAAGGUGGUACCGCAUUUGGUGGCUCGGUAUGGAUCAACGAGACCUUUGUAGACUCAUGGGACGGAAACAGCAUCACGGCGGUUUACAAUACCACUUUCACCCUUCCCACAUUGAAAGCUGGCAAGGAAUAUGUCCUCACCAUCGUGAUUGACAACAUGGGUCUGGAUGAGGAUUGGACCGUAGGCAGUGAGGAGAUGAAGGACCCUCGCGGUAUCCUUGACUACACCCUCACUGGUCGGUCUGACGACGCCAUCACCUGGAAGCUGACUGGUAAUCUGGGCGGCGAAGAUUACCAAGAUCUCGUGCGUGGUCCCCUCAACGAAGGUGGACUCUACGCCGAGCGUCAAGGCUACCACCAGCCCGAUCCUCCAAGCCAGAAAUGGGAAACCAGCAGCCCAUACACAGGUUUCUCGAAGCCCGGCAUUCGAUUCUACAGUACAAGCUUUGAUCUUGAUCUCCCACAAGGUUAUGAUAUCCCGCUGUACUUUAACUUCCAAAAUUCGACAUUGCCGCCGCCUUCUUACCGUGCUCAGCUGUAUGUCAAUGGCUACCAGUAUGCUAAGUAUGUCAACAAUAUUGGCCCGCAGACCAGUUACCCUGUGCCCGAGGGCAUUCUCAACUAUCGUGGUACCAACUGGCUUGGCCUGACACUCUGGGGACUGAAUGAUGAUGGUGCUAGCUUGGACGGGCUUGAGUUGGUUUCUACCCAUCCUGUACUCACUUCCAUGAGUGAAGUUGAGUCGGUUGACCAGCCUAAGUGGCAGAAGAGAGCUGGCGCAUAUUGA